CGUGCCCACAGAGCACAAAGGCGCAUCCGGGAUUCCCCUCGGUCGCCCCUCCACAUCGAGCCUCCUCCGAGUCCCUGCUUCACCCUCCUAGAUCACUCUCCCUCCUGCAAACCUCCAGACGCCCCCAAUUUCUCCUCCCAUGCCCCCUUUCCACCCCCAUGGCUAGAACCUCCCGUGCCGGUUCCCCAGCAAAUUCGGCCACUUUGGCCUCUUCUCUCCUCCGUGAGCCUCACCGGGGCAUCCCUGCGUUUCCCCACUCCUCUCCUGGUCCUCCUCCCAUUCUUCCCAUGCCUAGGGCACCGUGCCCAUGGUCACCGACGGCUGCAUCCGCCGUGGCCGAUGAGCCACUCGACAUGGCACUCCCCACGAGGACAUGGCCCCCACGGCGGUGCGGCCCCUUCCCCGAGCGCGCUAAUGCCCGUGGCAUCGCUGGAGUCGACCGUGGCCACCAGGGCGAGCGCCGGCAAUGCUCUAUCCUGCCUCCCCGUCGUUCCCAGCUCGAGCAGGAGGUUGGAGGUGGAGCUGACCAGCAGGGCCCGCCUGUAAGCGGCACAUCACCCAGGCCCACCCAUAAGUGGAGACGAGAGCCCUCCUGGUCUUCUCCUCGCACAGGAGACGUAAAGGCGGGAGGCGCUUUCUGCAUCACCCACACCACCGCGAGCCAGGCCCAGCUAGGCCCGUCUGAAGCUGAGGUGCGCCCUGCGCGCAAUAUAGUUACCCCCCUGUGGUAAAACUCUUUUUUUUCUUUUAUCAGAUACUUCAAAAAUCCAUAUUUAUUUCAUUUCCACUCCAAAUAGAAUGAUUCAAGUUUCUGUAGGUUUCUAAAAUCAUGGCAUAUCCAGAUAUGUGCAUUGCACAUUUUUCCAAAGUUAUUUUCUGUAGAGAUUUAAUGCAAACAUGGAUCUGAUUAUUUCAAACUCCACCUUUCUGAAUUCUUGCAGCACUCAAAUCAACUUCAAUUGGAGUGAUUCCAAAUUACAGAGACUUAUACAAUUAUUCUCUAAUUUUCCAACCAUAGUCAACUUAUUUAUGUGUCAUAUUUCUGUUGCAUAAAAUAAAUAGCCCCUUUUCCUAUUUAUUCAAUGAUAGAAAAUCCAUAGGAUAUACAUACCAAUUCCAAAACCAGUGAAACCACUUCCUAAAUGUUUCUAAAUUCAUGCUAUGUUAAAUGAGUGCCUCUGCUCAUUUUUAGCACAAUGUUUUCUGCACACUUCCGAA